CCGUUAGCCCUAUCUUAUUCAUCAUGUGUGCAAGAAAUAUGUCCCUUAAGGAUCCAAACAUAGGCUUUUCUUCAUAAUUUGCUGAUGUUGUUGUAGUCUGGAAAAGUGCUCCUACGUCCUCGAUAGCAGCAACAAAUUUACAACCCCAAUCAUAUAAUAUAGUCGAAUAUUGCCAAAAAUAAAUGUCUCCCAAAGUCGAUUGGUAGUCGUCGCAAAACUCAGAAAGGACCCACCUAAACUAUAUAAAUGGAACACUUCUCCAUACCACAUGAACAGCCAAAUUCCAAGGAUUAACCUAAGAAUCAAAAUUAACUGUUACACAGGGAUUCCAGUGAGAUAUAUUUAUUUUCACGUGAAAAUAACUGUGAAGGGCUCUUUUAUGAUGAAAAUUAUACUUGUAGUCUCAAGGUUUUCUUGCUUUGGUCCCCAAGCUCAAAGACAGCUAUGCAAAUUUUUGAAAUACUGGAUUCGACUGAUUGCAGGAGGUUUAUGCUUACCAUUUAUCUUUCCUUGGCUGGUAUACCAGUUGUACAGCUCUAAUUUCAGGCAUAAAGUUCAUCGAGAUAAAUCUUUAGUUGGAAAAAUUGUGCUUGUUACUGGAGCAAGCUCUGGUCUUGGAGAAGCUCUUGCUCAUGCAUGUUUCAAAGCUGGCUGCAAAGUGAUCCUGGCAUCAAGACGUAAAAAAAAGCUUGAGAGAGUGAAAAAGGACCUCAUAAGUUUAAAGACGAAAUGGCCAAGUUAUGAACCUUACAUCCUUUCCUUGGAUUUGAAUGACUUAAAGGAUAUUCCUGCCAAAGCAGAGGAAGCUCUCCAUGCUUUUGGAAAGAUUGAUAUUCUGAUAAACAAUAGUGGAGUGAACUACAAGGGUGAAAUUAUCAACACUUCAAUAGACAUUGAUGUCAAACUGAUGGUUGUUAACUACUUUGGGCAUGUUGCACUCAUCAAAUCAAUAUUACCUUCCAUGAUAAAAGCUGGAAACGGACACAUUGUUUCUGUUAGUAAUGCAAGUUCAUUUUCCUCUUCUUAUGCAGCUUCAGAGCAUGCCAAACAAGCCUUUUUUGAGGUUCUUAGGGCAGAACUUGCAAGUACAAACAUUCAUGUUGUUAAUCUGGGCUACUUAAAGAUAAAACUUCCAUCGAAUGGUCUUCAAAAUGCUGAUUCCAAAUAUAAAGUUAUUGAUCAAACUACAGCAGAAGGAAUGAACCCUGAUGAAGCUGCCGAUUGUGUGCUCAAUGCAGUUAACUCAGGACAAAAUGAUGUUAUUUUUGCAUCACUGACACCAAAACUAGCUGGGCUUCUGUACAAUUUUUUUCCAUCUGUGUAUUUUUAUCUUACGAAGAACAAAACUCGAAGAUGCAGUUGAUAAAGGCAACAUACCUCUGCAUUAAAUUGACUUUUUUAUUUA